AAAUGACGUCUAAAUCAUAAUCAGGAGGUCCUCCCACGCAACAUGGUGGAUCAAGAUCUACAACACUGUGAACAUGCUGUGUACAUGUACAUCUGUAUCGUACAUCUAAAUAAUUAAAAGGCACAAUAAUUGUAUCUUAUAUCAAGCCGGCGUAAAUGGGGAUCUCUGUGGAGUUGUGGAGAGCUCGCAUUGGGCUGUUCAGUGGUGGGAGGGGAUCGCGACCACACAGUAAAGCUCCUUCGACAAAACAAUGGCCUCUACACUUCAGUGAUACAGUGGGUAGUACUGCGAAAGUGGUUCAAGGAGGAUUGCUUUUAUUGUAUAUUCUCACAUUUUUGAGCUCUCAAGAUAAAACUGAAUUCCUAAAACGUACAAGAAAUGUUGGUCUCUUGGUGGUAUCGAUUGCUGUGUUGCUCCACUCUCUUUCCCACCUCUUGCUGUUAGCUGGAGACGUUGAGAGCAAUCCUGGGCCUCAAAUGGAUGAGACAAUGACACUUGAUGAUAUAAAGGAAGCUCACACUAAACUGCACGACUCUCAGAACAAAUGGUUUGAGAUUGGACAAGCUCUACAUGUUGAUGAUGUCAUACUAGAUAGCAUCAGAAAGCAGUGUGAUAAUGAUGACAGCACCUGUCUUCGUGAAAUGCUUGCUCACCGUUUGAAAUCAGAGCCUCCUCUAACUUGGAAGGAGUUAUUCAACUCAAUAGCAAAUUUACAGCUAAUACAACUUGAGCCUGAGGGGCUACAAACCCAAUCUGGAUCAUCUGGUCAACCAGUGAAUACAGUUCUUCAAGGGCUAUUGGACAAAUAUCAACUCAGUCCUUCUCAAGUCGACCGUCAAAUUCAACGAAUAGACAUACCAUUUUUGGCUGCCUAUUUUGAUAAUGUUGAACUCUAUGUCGAUUUGAUGGAAUUAACCCCUGGUGAACAAACCGAUGUCAAAGGUGCAGAAACUAAUCGAUUAGCCGUGAUCAAGUGCUUGAAACUCUGGAAAGGAAAGAAUCCUGCACAAGCGACAUUCAAGACGCUUCUGGAGAUGUUGGUAAAACUAAUAAAGGGAGAGAUUGCUGGUCAGAUCUGUCAGUACUUGAAAGAUCCAAUCAAACGUACAUUGCCUAAUGACAUCACCACGACCCAAUCUUCGAAAUCAGGGACCUGGACUGAGGAUUUAAUGAACUCACUUCCAACUCUGUCUAGUACGCAAAAAACAUCUGACAUACAUAAAGAACUUGAAGAUGAAUUCAGUAUACCAGGAGGCUGUACCCAGGAAGCCCUCUCCUCUGCCAAGUGGUUGCAAGAUUCAAUAGGAAAAAAGUGUGACAUACUCCAACCUGACCACCCAGCUGAGCUAGCAGAUGAUGGAGACGUCUCUUCGGGAGAUGAGUCGUUUCGUUCUGCCGCCGAUAAUCGUGACAUUUUUGUGUGUCCUUACUGCAAAGAGUGUUCUCCACAACAAUUCUUCUCUAAAGAAGGUUGCCCCAGGAAGACAAAAUCUCUCGAAACUAUCUCCCUCUUCCCUUAUCUUGACGUUACUGGUCUUGAUGAUGAAGAUGUCAAGUAUUUGGAAGAAAAAUUGAUACUCGAUACACGAAAGAUUUUUAUCAAGUUUUCUGAAUUCUCCGUAUGUAUUCGGAAAUCAAUUGAAGGACAAGAUACCUUAGACAAUCUUCGAGAUUGUGUAUUGAGUGCUGUUCUUCCAAACGAUCAAGGUGUGAGUGCACUUGAUACUGAGCACAAAGAGAUGGUCCUUGCGGCAAAAAGCCUUGCCAGAAUAUUCUCCAUACUUCGAACUUACAACUAUAUCUCAUUUUUGAACUACCAAAUCAUUGAGCUGCUUAUUCAAGACUCAGGUUCUGCUAUUGAUCACAAAAUGCUUGAACGAUACCUGGAUGAUUUAAAAACCUUCUGCCAGAGAAGUGUUUUCGAAGUUCCUCCAUCUGCUUUUUCAACAUGCAAGUCUCGUAAGACAGCCAAAGUGUUUAAACUCAAAUGCACAGAGUCGACAUUAACACUAAACGAGGUUAUAGUUCUACAAGACAAAUUUGCUGAAAUCUUAGGUCUGGAAUUCAAUGCUUUACAACUUUGCUCCGUCAGAAAAGGCUGUGUUGAGUUACACUUCUUGGUUUCCGCAGCUGUUGCUGAGUAUAUCUUCCCACUGUCCCCUUCUCAAGAGUCGGCACUCAGUGAGAUUGGAGCGAGGCUUCUCCCAUUUGACAAAAGGGAAAACAAAAGGCAAGACGAAGACGAAAACAUCGAUGCUCAGCCAACCCCCACCCCUCAUGAAAAUCUGCCCCAGUCAUCCCACACACAAGAGCAACAACAUAUUACAACCGAGGAAAAGAAACCACAGCUAUAUCCCAUAUCUAAAGAAAGAGGGCCACGAACAACUGAAGACCUGGAUCCUCAACAAACAACCACAUCUCAGGAGAAAAAGCUACUUGAACCACCAUCCAAACAGGAGGAUGGAGAGAGACAACAAUCCCCUCUACCUAAGCAUUUGUCCCCAUCUCUUGGUAUAUCAUGCGAUGAUAUUAUGCCCAAGAAAACAGAUGAGGGACUGCAAACCCCACUCCAUGUUGCCUGUGAGAAUGGCCACACUGAGACUGCCCAGUUGUUGAUUGACAGAGGAGCAGAUGUGAACCAUGAAAAUAAGGUAUGUUUUAUAGCUAGAGCGAAGUAAUAGGAUGAUUGUACUUGUGCAUGACACAUAAUUAUUAUGCCUCGGUGGGCAUGCGCAAGCGAGGUAUACGGCAUGGGGAUACCAGCUAUAGGCCCUCUUUUCUCCAAAGGGCCUGUAAUCGAGGCUAAUAACCAUGCUUGUGUGACAUCAUGAUUCUUACCUGAACGCAAAAAGCUUGAUAGCAAAGUGUCAUGCAUUCAUGCAUGGUCACUCAUUAUGGCCCGGUGCGCAUGCAUGCGCAAGCAAGGUUAGCCUCAAUUCCAGGCCGCUUUGAGAAAGGCGGCCUGGUAUACCUUAUAUGCGCGCAUGCGCGAAAUAAUUGACUGCAAUUUCAUCAUACAAAUUGAAAAAACGAAGAAUACGUGUGACCAUGUGGUUAGUGGGUAAAAUGUUCAUGACCACAAUGCAAUGGCAGCUUUCAAUUAAAGUAAAAUAAUUAUACUGCAGCAGUGUUGCUUCUUCUAGCUCUGUUUAUCAAAGAGGCAGUUCAAGAAGGCAUCCCAGACAGCUAUACAGCUGCCUGCUAGGAAGAGUGGUGGACUCUUUAAUACAUCAGUAGAUCUUGAGUGAAUAACUUCCUGAGUGUCGAGUUAAAGCUUAUUAAAAGCUUUCUGGAGUGAUCAUUAGCUUCUUUAUCUUCAGCAAUGACUUCUUUUCGAACAUAAAGGCAAGAUUUGGUAACAGAAGACUUGCCUGGUCCAUAUUACCACAGCCUCAUCAGGGGGCCCACAGGAACACAUCAUGCCUUUCCUAUAUAACAUCUGUAGCCUUACAGUGUAUAGGGUGUCGUUAAGUAGAGACUUGGUUUGAUACAAAAAAGGGCGUAAGAACUCAGUUAUCUUUGCACAAUACUUCUAUGUAACAGACUGCAACUUUAGAAUACAAAAUAGUAUACCGUUUAUUUUACUGACUAUCCACAAAUACACGGAUUACCCCCUUUUUGGGGUAAUGUACACGCAUGCGCAUACAAUGUAUACCAGGCCGCCUUUCUCUUCGUGGCCUGGAAUCGAGGCUAUUAGUACGUUCAUGAUUGUUAGAAAAUUGCAAUGGAGCCUCUGAAUAAAUCGCAUUUUUGACACAACCUAAUCCACGUAUUCUGCAUGCAUGUUUCAUGCAUUGGGAGUUUAAUGUCUACAAGAGUAUUGUGUUCAUUUUAUAUAAUACACAAUAGGAGACUCCACUGUAAUCAACAAUCAGGGUUUCAUCUAGGAUCAAAAAUUUGGGGGGGGAAGAUUUGGGCGCGCAUAAGCGCGCGCCUCACAAAAUGUUUGGCUACGCUCAUUACAUGCAUGCUUAGCCUAAAUCACAUUUGUGAUGAUGACAUGUAGUACUUAUGUGAUGACGUCAUUAUUCUACAACAUUUUUGAGGGGGAAGCUGAGCAUUUUGGGGGAGAAGGUUCACCUCAGCCCCCCCCCCCCCCCCACUAGAUGAAACCCUGACAAUGAUCUAAAACACAAUAAAACUGACCUCUAGUGAAGCAAAGGGUGCUAAAAUUUAAGUGCUUAGCUGCAAUUUUUGGUGCGCCUCUUACGGAAGUCCAAUGCCCAUGAAUUAUUGCUGAUUAUGCAUGCGCAUGCUAAGCUUCAUAGAGGGGGUCACAGGGGGUGCUCGCCCCCCUGGCUACAGUUUUGCCUCCCCCUGCAUGGCAAUUGUAAAUUUUUGUAUUGAAAAUAUAGGCUGUAACACAGUGGGUUAUGGUCUGUGACACACCAACCAAACAAAGUGCUCUGCCUUAAUAUUCAUAACAACAAUAAUUAUUAUGAUAGUUAUUUACGAAGCUACUUUGCUAUCCUUCUACUCUUUCUGUUCUGUACGUCCACAAUUUCUUCUAAGUCACUAUCUGUAAGUACAGAGGGCGAUUCAACAGUGACUUUCAUUAAGUGAGAAAGGUUUGUAUCGCUUAGGCUGCUAUCUACUAUGGCUUUUGUCUGAUGACUCAUAGUAUAGACUUUUAGUACCGUUCAGUCCAGGCAAUUGAAACUAGGGUAGUUCAAUUUGCAUUUUUAUUUCAUUCCACAAUACUAUUUGUACCAACCCUAACACUGACACCACAGUUCCUAAGAAUGCACCAGAUGCGAUAUACGACAGUCUAAACACAAGCAUUUCCUGGGGGGGGCAUACUAACGCACACGGAUAAUUGCCUCGCCCCCCUAUUUUUCUA